AACUAAAAUUUUGUGCAAAAUUUAUACAACUUGUUCUAUUUUUCUCCCAAAAUCUGCGCGUAAAUCGGCGCAGCAGUAGUAGAAUGAUUGUGUUUAUUGUCGUACGGUUUAUUUAUAUAUGAAUUGCGUAUUCCUAACCUAAAACUACUGAAGUAAGUUAACGACCGCAUGUGAAUUUUUAUGAAUUUAUUAUCAUAUAUAAUGUCGUGGGUACAAAAUUAUGUGACGCUUCUUAUUGAAGAGUACGAAAAAAAUCCCUGUUUAUACAUAAUCAAAUCUAAGGACUACAAAAAUCGACACAUGCGAACAAAAGCUUUAGAAUCGAUUCUUAGUUUAUUAAAACCAAUGAUGCCAGAGAUUACUGUUGCUGAAAUUCAAAAGAAAUGGAAUGCCCUAAAAACUAAUUUCAUGAAUGAGCACAAAAAGGUUUUGGCAUCGAAAAGAAGUGGAAGCGGAGACGAUGAUGUGUAUGUACCAAAGCUAUGGUAUUAUAAGAAAUUGUUGUUUAUAUUAAAUGCUGGCACCGAACCUAGACCGUCCGUUGACAGUGUUUUGGAAAUCGAUACAUUAGAACAUGAUGGUACUCAAGAAAGUUUAUAUGUAGAUGAGAACAUGGAUGAGAGUGAAGCAUAUUCAGAAACGUAUUAUUUAGAGGAAACACCUGAAGGCGAUACCUUUAUGGUUUCUGAAAGAGAAAACCAAGUUUAUUGUGGUUCUCAAUUGACUCCAUCUGCCAGAACACCAGGUUCCAUAGAAAAAAAGCCAAGAGGCAAAAGAAAUCGCGCUGCACUUGAUGACUCCGAUAAGAAAAUAUUACAAUCAGCAAGUGACGCUGUUACACAGAUUACACAAGCACUAACACAACAUUCUACUAACUAUGAUCAAGGAAAAAAUGAGUCGGAUAGCUUUGGGGAAUACAUUGCCAAAAAAUUAAAAUUGAUUAAAAAUAAAACUCUCCGAGGUGCAGCUGAGUUAGAUGUGAUCAAAAUUUUAAAUUCAUACAUCAGGACGAUUAAUAUUUUUUAUUUAGUUACCUAUAUACUUGGUUUUUCUUAAUGUUAAAAAGACAUAUUUAAUCAAAUUGGAGAAACUAGUUUUAUUCAAAUACAAAAAUACAUAAGAAAACUGUUUUACAUGUUACAAUUCUUUAUUGCAGCUUCUUGCCAUUCCACAAUACCGCAAGGGGAAUUAAAAUAUUCAGAGUAUUCUUUCCGAACAUCUCUAGCAAAAUUAGCUGAUCUGUUAGCCCGAUUAACUGCUUCCAAAUUAUGCAAA